CCGCAUAUAAAUCAACAAAAAUGGCUGCUAAAAAGAAUAAUAUUGAGGAGUUAAUACAAAUGAUCCAAUGUUACCCAAUGUUGUAUGAUGCGUCACAUCCUGAUUUUAAAAAAAAGAAAGAUCCAAUUUAUGAAGAGAUAGGAAACAUUCUGGGUGAAAGUGGUGAAGAUGUAAAACGAAAGUGGCGCAACCUAAAAGAUACAUUUACGAGAAGCAUAAGGGGUCAGAGUUUUUAUAAAAAUGGUCAGACCAAAUGGAAAUGGACAGAUCAAAUGGAGUUCAUGCGGCCACAUUUUAAUAUGUGCAGCAGUACUGGGGCAAAUGACAGUGUAAAUUCUGUUUCAUGUGAUGAUAUGAUCAAAACAGAACCAUUUGAAAUUUCGUGUGAAUCUGACAUUCCUGCCUCGCCCGAGCUUCCGACUGCGACAGAAAUAUAUCCCACAUCCUCUACCAGAGAGAAGACAAAUUUCACACAGCCACAUGUGCCUAAGAAAAGAAGACGAGUGUCUUUUGACUCAGAUGCGUCGGUUACAUCUGAAGAAAUAAAAACAGAUUUAGACAGAGUGGAUUAUUUUUUCUUAGGGUAUGCAGAGUUUUUUAAAAAGCUCUCACCCAGUGGACAGAUAAGGAUCAAAUUAAAAAUGGCUCAAAUGUUCACAGAAGAGGAAUUGAAAGAGCUAAAUGAUUAGAGAACUGUUGAUAUGAACACUGUUAAAUUGGCGUAAUUUUUACAUACCGUUUAUUAAAGUUUUAUAU